GGAAGAGAGUAAAGGGCUGUUGUUAAACAGUUUCUUACCGUAAGAGGGAGUUCAGACCUAGAUCUUUCCAGUUAAUCACACAACAAACUUAGCUCAUCGCAAUAAAAGCAGCUCAGAACCCGACCGGCUCGCAACAGGAUUCUCUCAGCCCGGCAUCUCCUGCAGAGGGAUCAGCCUGCUCGAACUGCAAGCAUGAUGUGGGGGACCAAACUUCUGCCGGUCCUGUUGCUGCAGCAUGUGCUCCUGCACCUCCUCCUGCUUCCUGUCACCAUCCCCUAUGCAGAAGGACAGAAGAAAAGAAGAAAUACACUCCAUGAAUUCAAAAAGUCAGCAAAGACGACUCUCACCAAGGAAGACCCAUUACUGAAGAUUAAAACCAAAAAAAUGAACUCUGCAGAUGAGUGUGCCAACAGAUGUAUUAGGAAUAAGGGCCUUCCAUUCACUUGCAAGGCCUUUGUUUUUGAUAAGACAAGAAAACGAUGCCACUGGUUCCCUUUCAAUAGUAUGUCGAGUGGAGUGAAAAAGGGGUUUGGCCAUGAAUUUGACCUCUAUGAAAACAAAGACUAUAUUAGAAACUGCAUCAUUGGUAAAGGAGGCAGCUACAAGGGGACAGUAUCGAUCACCAAGAGUGGCAUCAAGUGUCAACCUUGGAAUUCCAUGAUCCCCCACGAGCACAGCUACCGCGGUAAAGACCUACAGGAAAACUACUGUCGAAAUCCUCGAGGGGAAGAAGGGGGACCCUGGUGUUUCACAAGCAAUCCAGAGGUACGCUACGAAGUCUGUGACAUUCCUCAGUGUUCAGAAGUUGAAUGCAUGACCUGCAAUGGUGAGAGCUACCGGGGUCCCAUGGAUCACACAGAGUCAGGCAAGACCUGUCAGCGCUGGGAUCGUCAGACACCACACCGGCACAAAUUCCUGCCUGAAAGAUAUCCCGACAAGGGCUUUGAUGAUAAUUAUUGCCGCAAUCCUGAUGGCAAGCCGAGGCCAUGGUGCUAUACCCUUGACCCUGACACCCCUUGGGAGUAUUGUGCAAUUAAAAUGUGCGCUCCCAGUGCUGUGAAUGACACUGAUUUCCCUGUGGAAACAACUGAAUGCAUUCAAGGCCAAGGAGAAGGUUACAGGGGAACCAGCAGCACCAUUUGGAAUGGAAUCCCCUGCCAGCGCUGGGAUUCUCAGUACCCUCACCAGCAUGAUGUAACCCCUGAGAACUUCAAGUGCAAGGACCUUAGAGAAAAUUAUUGCCGCAAUCCAGAUGGGGCUGAAUCACCAUGGUGUUUUACCACUGAUCCAAACAUCCGAGUUGGCUACUGCUCGCAAAUUCCCAAGUGUGACGUGUCAAGUGGACAAGAUUGUUAUCGUGGCAAUGGGAAAAAUUACAUGGGCAACUUAUCCAAAACAAGGUCUGGACUUACAUGCUCAAUGUGGGACAAGAAUAUGGAGGAUUUACACCGUCAUAUUUUCUGGGAGCCAGAUGCAAGCAAGUUGAAUAAGAAUUAUUGCCGGAAUCCUGAUGAUGAUGCCCAUGGACCUUGGUGCUACACGGGGAAUCCUCUUAUUCCUUGGGAUUAUUGCCCUAUUUCCCGUUGUGAAGGUGAUACCACACCUACUAUUGUUAAUUUGGACCAUCCUGUAAUAUCCUGUGCCAAAACAAAACAACUUCGGGUUGUGAAUGGCAUUCCAACACGAACAAAUGUCGGAUGGAUGGUUAGUCUGAAAUACAGAAAUAAACAUAUCUGUGGAGGAUCCUUGAUAAAGGAAAGUUGGGUUCUUACUGCAAGGCAAUGUUUUCCAGCAAGAAACAAAGACUUAAAAGAUUAUGAAGCUUGGCUUGGAGUCCAUGACGUCCACGGGAGGGGCGAAGAGAAACGCAAACAGGUCCUCAACGUUUCCCAGCUGGUAUAUGGACCCGAGGGCUCAGAUCUGGUGUUGCUAAAGCUUGCUCAGCCUGCGGUCCUUGAUGACUUUGUUAGUACAAUUGAUUUACCCAAUUAUGGCUGCACAAUCCCUGAAAAGACCACUUGCAGUGUUUACGGCUGGGGCUACACAGGAUUGAUCAACUCGGAUGGUUUAUUACGAGUAGCACAUCUGUAUAUUAUGGGGAAUGAGAAAUGCCGACAGCAUCAUCAAGGGAAGGUGACUCUGAAUGAGUCUGAAUUGUGUGCUGGGGCUGAAAAGAUUGGAUCAGGACCCUGUGAGGGAGAUUAUGGUGGCCCACUCAUUUGUGAGCAACACAAAAUGAGAAUGGUUCUUGGUGUCAUUGUUCCUGGCCGUGGGUGUGCCAUCCCAAACCGCCCUGGUAUUUUUGUCCGAGUAGCAUAUUAUGCAAAGUGGAUACACAAAGUAAUUUUGACGUACAAGUUGUAAUAGCCACAGAAGAAGCCAGUGUGUUUGAAGAGUCCAUCAAUACAUGAGGAUUUCAGAGACUUCAAGAUUAAAAUGUCACCUAAACCAAUCCUAAAAUAACUACUUGAGUGUUGUGAAUGUUCAGGAACUCAUUAAUAUAUGGGUGUUUUCUGUUUUGUUUGUCAGUGUUAUUUUGUAAAUGUUGAAGUGAAUUAAGGUACCUGUAAGUGCAGUAACAUAUCUCCUGAAGAUACUUGAACGGAUUAAAAACAUGCAAAAGUAUAGUUGCUAGAUGAUAAAAGAUUUAAAGGUAAAGGUUAAUUAAUCAUUCUAUGCUGCUUGUCAGGUUAAUAUCUUAAUGAUGAAUUAAUCAUAAGUUAAACAUUAUUUUAACCCCACCAAAACAAUUUGUACCUUGUGUUUUUAACUUGUAACUCUGUAUUAAAUUAUAUUACACUUCAUAUGGCACAUGCUAUACUUCAUUCAUUUUUUUUGCAACAUAUAUCCUGCAAUACCAGUACACAAACAUCCUUUUACAAAAACACAUGACCAUAACACAUGGCUGAGUACACAUGCAGCACAUAUUACAGUUUAAACCAUGAUGUAUCUAGUGUAAUCUCUAAAUACUUGGAUGUAUAUACCUAUAUUUAUUCUAAAAUUUAAGAUUUUUGAAAGAUCAGUGGGAAUAUUCAGGAAAGGUACAGGUAUAAGUGUUGACCCUCUGUACAUAUCACAUAUGACCUCCACUGGAAAGUGUUCAGAGUCAGGAUAGGACCCAUAGGAUAAAAUAAUGACUAGGCUUGAUGUUUAUUUAUAUUUAUUAUCCUAGUUAUUUUGUGCUUUCUAAUUCCUAAAAAGCAGAAAGUACUAAGUGUAUUUGUACUAUUUCUUUCCUCCAAAUUUGGGCUACUUAUUUAUGCAGGAUAUUGGUAGAUCUAUUUUCUUAAAACAUUUAUUCAGUUUUCAAAUGUGUCUUAGUGAAAAAAUUUAAAAGUGUCUCUGUCUUCAAAUAUAUAUUUAUAUGGGUUAAUAUUAAAACUUGCUGCUGUGUUUGGCUUCUAGCCCACUUUCCUUAAAUUUAAAAAAUGAGUUAGCAUAAAAAUAUCCAUGUCUAAAAAGCUUUGUGAAUAUCCCUUCAUUAAAUUUUGCUUUGAAAUAUUUUGGAGAAAAAAAGGAAAAUAAUUUCCUCAACAUAAAAAUUCUUAGCCUUUGAGUAAUAGGAAAAAAAUAUCAAGUGAAAGAAAAAAAUAUUUUUUCUAAAUUAUUUAAUUAAAUUACUUUAAAAUGUAUAAUUAAAAAUCCAAAAAUCAGAUAUGCUAUACAGAUAUUAUCAUAUUUUCUCAUUUUUUUUAACAAAGCUCUUUCCUAAUGACAUGGAAUAUUCAUUUAAAUUUUAUAAUCUAUAUGAUAAUAUUCAAAUUAUAUUUAUUAUUCUACUUGCCAUGACUAGCUUUGUGUUGUAUAUCCAGAAGUAGGAUAUUAAAAAAAUAAUAAGACAGCUUCUAAGUUCUCCAUCUUCAUGUGUAAAUCAGGAAUAUUAAAAGUUAUAAUUUCAGUGGUUGAAUCCAAUGUUCCCAUUUUUGAGAUCGAAUUCUUUUAAAUUAUUCACAGGCCAAAGAUUCAAUCAAUGCCCUAAUGCAUCCUCACAACUUCUGGAAGUAAAUCCAGAAGUUCUUGCACAAGCUGUGACAUAGGUGUAUUUGUG